UUAUAGAAAUGUGGCCGGAGAACUGCUUGAAAGCAAAAUGUGAUAUGGUAUAUUUGCAUAAAUGCCCGGAAGAUUCUCGGUUAGUAAUACCACCACCGCCACCCGGAGAAUGUUGCGCACCACCAGGAGAAUGUCAUUGUGAUAUACAGAAAUGUUAUCCAUUGGUACCUGUAUGUGAAAAGGGUCUUGAACGAGUCCUUAUAAAAAAAGGUAUCAAUGAACCAGGUCAUUGUUGUGAUAUCUUUGAAUGCAAACAGCCAGAAUUACGAUGCGAGAAUGUACAUUGUGAUCAUCGUUUUUUGGAUUACAACGAAGAGGAAUGUCCUGAUGAUAGCAUUCGAACUGCUAGCUAUGUACCAGCUGGAACUUGUUGUCCAAUUAGUCCUGAAUGUCGAUGCCGUGCAUCAAUUUGUAUACCCGCAUCAUGUCCCGAAGGUCAAAAGGUGAAGAUUUUACAAAAAGGUGAUGGAACACCUGGACGUUGUUGUGAUCAAUUUACCUGUGAAGAUGGUGAUGAUAUGCUAAGCGCAAAUGGUAAACGAUGUCCAUAUAAUGGUGAAAUGUAUGAUGACGGUGACCAAUGGCAUACAAGUAGUUGUGAGCAGUGCAAAUGUAAAGGUGGCAUUGCAUUAUGCAGUAAAAUGACCUGUCCCAGUCCUCCAUCACACUGUACUUGGGUAGCUAUACCGGAAAAUGAAUGUUGCCCAGUAUGUCUUGGAUGUCAAGCAGAUGGUGAAAAGCAUAAACGAAAUGAAACAUGGCAAAAAGAUGAUUGUACGAGUUGUUCGUGUGGCCCAGAUGGUGUACAUUAUUGUCAAAAACAUAUGUGCCAAGUGGAAUGUGAUAAUCCAAGAAAAAUCCCAGGCCAAUGUUGUCCUAUUUGUGAUGAGCCAACAGUAAUAGUAAAUCCAGCAAUCUGUCCAUCAUUAGAGCAUUGUCCACUACGAUGUGAAAAUGGUCUAUUACGUGAUUCAAAUGGUUGUUUCCAAUGCAAAUGCGCACCUGUACAAAACAUAAUCAGUAGCAAUUGUCGAGAACUCAGUGAUGUUAACUGUGAUAAAAUUUGUGCUCAUGGAUAUUUACGUGAUGCUAAAAGUUGUGCUGUAUGCAAAUGCGCUAAAUGUCCACCGCUUCAUCAAUGUUACAAACAUUGCUUAUAUGGUUUUGAAAGUAACAAUAAUGGUUGUCCAGUAUGUAAAUGUCGAGCAAUGAGUCGAAUUGAUGCCAAAUUGUUAUCAUUGCAAAAAGAGCCUGAUGGCUGGGAUAAAUGUUAUUCAUUUAGCACACAAACGGGUAAAUUAUAUGAGCGUGACAGUGGCGAAUGGUGGAAUGAUGGCUGUCGGCAUUGUUUUUGUGAACAAAAACAUGUUAGUUAA